AAGUUUACCGUCUGCUUUAGCUUGUUGUGCUGGACUUGUGUUCUGGUUCGGGCUGUACCGACUUUACCGAGCCAGCUUGCUUGCCGUACCGCCAAAAAGCCCGAGACACGGGACCGGGCAAGGCUCGCCGCUCACGCCGUUGUCGGUUUGUGGUCUCGGGAUAAGCGGAGCCGACGUCGGCGGCGCGCCGCGUCCGGUUUUUCUGUGGUUGUUCCUGGGUAAGAGCGGAGGAUAGAGAAGCCGCUGCUCCCGAUCCGCGCUGCUAAGUCGGGUUGUGUCUCCGGAAAAAAAAACAAAAACCGAAACGAUCGUUUGGAGUAGAGGAAAAAAAAAAGGGGGAGGCACCGGUGAGAAGGAGCAGCGUGGCGGCGUCAAGUUUGCGUUAUGCACUGAGCCGCCGCGGCUUCAGACAUAUUUGUCAAAGCGGAGGAGUCAUCGUCGUCGUCGGAUGAGCUCCAGCCGCAGCUCCGAGCCAAACUGUGACUACGUGUUGUUGUCGCGGACUUGGACGGCUGAGGUGAGCUGCGCCUCUCGCUGCCUUCGACUCCCUGUGCACCUGCAUGCGCUGUGAGCAGCCUCGGCCUGCUGGAGAGCUGCCGCGCUCGCUGACUGUGCUGCUUUAGGAGAAGCCAUGGCGUCUGGCCCUCCGUCUCCCUCCGUAGGCCGCAGGCUCAGGCUGCUGGAGCUGCUGGUCGGGGCUGCGUUCGUGCUGCUGGUGUCCGGGCUGGGAUCGGCCGUGGGUCAGAGGGUCUACACCAACACGUGGGCGGUCCACAUACCUGGAGGUCCCGAGGAAGCUGACAGAAUCGCCAGGAAACAUGGUUUCAUAAACCACGGACAUGUAUUUGGUGAUUACUAUCACUUCCGGCAUCGCAGAGUGGUAAAGAGAUCGCUGUCAGAUCACAGAGGGACACAAGUCCGUCUGGAAAGAGACCCGAAGGUAACUUGGGCAGAACAGCAGGUGUCCAAAAAGAGGAAAAAGAGGGAUACCGCUACAGAAUUUGUAGAUCCCAAGUUCAGAGACCAGUGGUACCUGAACAACAACAACCACCGGGACUUGAACGCCAAAGCCGCGUGGCAGUUGGGCUACACGGGUCAAGGAGUGGUGGUGUCCAUCCUGGACGAUGGAAUAGAGAAGAACCAUCCCGACCUGUCGCAGAACUAUGACCCGGAAGCUAGUUACGACGUGAAUGAUGCUGAUCCUGAUCCUACGCCUCGGUACACACAGCUUAAUGACAACAGGUAG